AUGAUCGGAGAUCUCUUAAUUUUCGGGACAUUACUGGUGAAUGCCGGGGCAGUGCUGAAUUUCAAGCUGAAGAGGAAAGACGCGCAGGGAUUUGGAGAUGAUUCCGGAGCACCCACAACAGGUGACAACAUCAGAGAGUUCCUGCUCAGCUUGCGAUACUUUCGCAUCUUCAUCGCUCUGUGGAACGUCUUCAUCAUGUUCUGCAUGAUUGUGUGA